CAUCAUUACAGAACCGAGGCUGGAACGAGGGCAAGCUUUUUCACUGCCAGAAAAACAAAAAAGAAAGAAAUCUGCUGUUUAUUAUUAUUAUUACUAUUAUUAUUAUUACUAUUAUUAUUAUUAUUCUACAUGCAUGUCGUGUUGUGCUGUGUAGCGCGUGAGCGAGCUGGGCUCUGGGUCCCACCGUGAGCCGGAUGGACGGAUUUCCGCGCUCGGACGCGGAACAAACAAAUAAAGGAGUGAGUCGGUGAGAGAUGUGGGCUACUGAAUGGAAAGAAAGACACGACGGGUACUAAACUCUCCACGGUCUCUCUAGCUGGCUGUAACCGGUACCACUCGCACCAUCGUUCGUUUUGCUUUACCGUUUAUUAUUUUCCUGGAAGGAAUCUUUCCCUUGUUGUUUUUGUGCAGGUCUUUACCGGUGUCCCAGAACCGUCAAUGAUUCGCCUUUGAAGAUGAUUUUUGAACUAUUUUCCGCUUUGAAGUCGUCCCGACAGUCCUGUCGUGACUUUCUUUAGGAAAGAUCCUUCUUUCAUUUGGGAUGGAUCGCAGAGACGCGUUCUCUUUGAUGUUGCUCUAUAUGUUCAUCUGACGGUUUUCUGGAUGUUAGUGUUACUUUUGUACACAAAGGGACAUCCAGGACCUCUUUGUUGUUAGCCAUCGGUAAAUAUCUGCGAGAAGGGAAACAAACUGUUGCUGCUGACACGCCGGUGGUGCUUUCAUUCUCAUUAACGCUGUUUUUCAACCAGCACAGAAUGGCCAAUGACUCAAUUCAAAGUGAUCCAGGUGGGUUGUCCGUGCUGGAACAGCUGGGUCUGGACCACGGCUCGGACUUUUCAGAUUCAAGCGUGCAGCAACGGCUGGAUGAGGAGCGUGAGAAGAUCCGGCGUGAAAUCCGCAAGGAGUUGAAGAUUAAGGAAGGAGCAGAGAACCUGCGACGUGCAACUACUGAUAAACGCAAUGCCCAGCAAGUGGACAACCAGCUGCGCUCCUCUAACCGGCGUCUCCACUCGCUCCAUGCCCAGCUUCAGGAGCUUGACGCCCAUAUUGUUGUCAAGGGCACAGAUGAAGCUCGCGAUGAUGUGCCUCGGUCUCCUGGCACAGAGAGCAGGGCGUCGGCCCAUCAGGAACGCAUCGCCGCCCUGGAGAGGCAGCUGAACAUAGAGCUCAAAGUCAAGCAGGGGGCUGAGAACAUGAUCCCAAUCUACGCCAAUGGCUCUACCAAGGAUAAGAAGAUGUUGCAGACUGCCCAGCAGAUGCUCCAGGACAGCAAAACCAAGAUCGACAUCAUUCGUAUGCAGAUCCGCAAAGCAGUACAGGCUUACGAACACAAUGAGGACGUACAAGGGAAGCCUGACCCGUGUGGGAUAGAGCUGAGGAUCGAGGAGCUGAGGCACCACUACCGAGUGGAGCACGCUGUUGCAGAGGGAGCCAAAAAUGUUCUGAGACUGUUAGGAGCCAACAAAGUGCAAGACAAAAAAGCCAUGUCAGAGGCUCAAUGUCGUCUGAGCGAGUCCUCUCAGAGGCUGGAUCUGCUGAAGGUCUCUUUAGACCAGCGCCUGGCCGAUCUGCCUGAGGAUCAUCCCAAAGCCUGUCUGAUCAAAGAAGAGCUGGUUCUGGCCUCCUCACCCACUUUCAGUUCACGUCACGGCACCCCCUACCUGCACAACCAGUACAGCACACUGUCCAAACCCUCUCCACUCACUGGCAUGCUACAGGUGAAGUUACUCGGCUGCGUGAGCUUGUUGGAGGUGGUUCCGGGUCGUAGCCGUGGCAACCCUGUGGUGUUACCGUGCCACAGUCCCGGCGAGGCUCGCUCCUUCAUGCGCAGUGGGAAAGGCCUUUACAGCCGCAGUGGCAGCGUCAGUGGAAAGAGCACACUGAAAACAGAUGAGCUCUCCUCGGAGGUGAGUGCUGUACUGAAGCUGGAUAAUACUGUGGUGGGUCAGACAGCGUGGAAGACAGUCGGAGAACAUACCUGGGACCAGACGUUCACUAUAGAGCUGGAAAGGUCUCGAGAAAUGGAGAUAGCAGUGUAUUGGAAGGACUAUCGCUCUCUGUGUGCACUGAAAUUCCUGAAGCUGGAGGAUUUCCUGGAUAACCAGAAACACACAGUUAAGCUGGAGCUGGAACCACAGGGCCUGCUGCUGGCUGAGGUGACAUUCUUUAACCCGGUCAUCGAAAGGGUUCCACGCCUUAAGAGACAGAAGAAAGUAUUCUCUAAGCAACAGGGUAAAGCUUUCCUGCGUGCUCGCCAGAUGAACGUGGAUAUCGGCACGUGGGUGCGGCUGUUAAGGAAUGCCAUUCCAACUGGUAACAACACAGGAACCUACAGUCCCAGUGCAGCUCACACAAUACAGACUGGGGAGAUCUCUGUCGAGAAACUGAGCCUGGACUCCGAUUCCCCCAUGAAAGUGGAACUCAGGAGAGACAUGACAGAUGGACAGACACCGCUGAGAGAAACAGAGGAGAGACCACAUGUCACUGAGCUCUGCUCUCCUCAGGACUCAACACCUCAACGACCCAACAGAACACACUCGCUCAGCAGUAAACAGAAGAAAACUCCUUUGGGGCUUCAAGAUUUCAGGUUGAUCGCCGUGCUGGGUAGAGGUCAUUUUGGCAAGGUAUUGCUGGCGGAAUAUAAGAAAUCAGGCUCGAUGUAUGCUAUCAAAGCACUGAAGAAAGGAGACAUUGUGGCCAGAGAUGAAGUGGAGAGCCUGAUGUGUGAGAAGCGAAUCUUUGAGAUAGUGAACAGCUCUCAGCACCCGUUCCUGGUGAACCUGUUCGCUUGUUUCCAGACACCAGAGCAUGUAUGUUUUGUCAUGGAGUACACAGCAGGUGGAGAUCUCAUGAUGCACAUCCACGCCGAUGUAUUCACCGAACCGCGGGCUGUGUUCUAUGCUGCUUGUGUGGUCCUUGGCCUUCAGUUUUUACACAACAACAAGAUUGUAUAUCGGGACCUAAAAUUGGACAAUCUGCUGCUCGAUACAGAAGGAUAUGUGAAAAUAGCUGACUUUGGACUGUGUAAAGAAGGUAUGGGCUUUGGGGACAGGACGAGUACGUUCUGUGGCACACCAGAGUUUCUGGCUCCGGAGGUUCUGACAGACACGUGCUACACGCGGGCGGUGGACUGGUGGGGACUCGGAGUCCUGAUCUACGAGAUGCUUGUUGGAGAGUCUCCGUUUCCAGGAGAUGACGAGGAGGAGGUGUUUGACAGCAUAGUGAAUGAUGAAGUCCGUUACCCACGAUUCCUGUCGUCAGAAGCGAUCGGCAUUAUGAGGAGGCUGUUGAGGAGGAAUCCGGAGAGGAGGCUGGGUUCUGGAGAGAAGGAUGCUGAAGAAGUUAAGAAGCAACCUUUCUUCAGAAAUAUGGACUGGGAGGCUCUCCUCCUGCGUAAACUUCCUCCUCCAUUUGUUCCCACUAUCGGAGACAGAGAGGACGUGAGUAACUUCGAUGAAGAAUUCACAACGGAGGCACCCACCCUCACGCCACCGCGAGAACCCCGCGUGCUCUCGCGCAAGGAUCAGGACAGCUUCCGUGACUUUGACUAUGUCUCUGACCUCUGCUGAGCUCCUGUUACAGUCUCGGAGAGGUCAGAGGUCACACAAGAGUGGUCUCGGAUUGUUUAAUUUUCCCCAAUGUGAUAUUAUACAAAAAGACGGUCAUAACCACUACACUGUGACUCAGAGAAGAUGAAGGGCUGCUGUUUAGGAUGGCUCGUGUGUUCGAGAGAGUGCGUGGAGUUUUAUACUGUGAUGGAGAACGAAAGUGGCACAAGACUUUUCUUCAAAUAUAAAAUUUAUUCAUCUGCCAGAUGCUUUUAUCCAGAGCGACCAAUGAAUGAGCAAGAAUCCAGUCCAAGUACACAGCUAAAGCAAGGUUAGGGGACACAGCAGUGGCUCUCGGACAGUCCUUGGGAUUUGAACUUCUAACUUUCCAGCCACGAGUACAGAGUCCUACCCACUGAGCUACCACUGCCCAUUUGAAACAAGUUAAAUGUAGUCUUUAUUGUCUCUCUAUCGUUGACUUUCACCUCACAGCCAUUCAGGAACAGAAUAUCCUCUUCCUUUCUUACCUGACAAGGUGUUUGGACCCAGUGAAACUCUUUUACAUUCUCAAAUACCACGGGCAUGCCUUAACUUUGUACGCUGUCCCUUUAGAAUCUUCUAGUCUAUAUGUCUUGUAAGAAUGUUAGUUGAAAGAAAUGAAACUGUGAUGCAAGAAUCAUGACGUUCACUCGAUUUUAUAUAAUGCUACACACUGUAUAUGACAUCAUGAAAGCUGAAAAGAGCGUAAACGGUAAAGCACCAAGGCAUAGUGUGUGUUGGAUAAUGCAUCAACUACUCCAGAUAUAAAUCAAACUCAAUGUUGUACUACAGUUAGAACAUCCUGCACGUGGCAUUAUACCCACACCUUUUUAACUAAUAUCUGAAAAACAAAAGGUUUUAAGACCAAAACGAGUUUAAAUUAACAGCAAAAUCUGAUCGUGAGCUAAAUGUAAUUCAAAAAUCUAAAAUAAGGGCUUAUUAAGCCUCUCAGAAUCACAGAACCGAUGAUGCUUUCGCUAGGGUUGUAGAUUUCAGGCUGCCACAUGAUUCAAUGUGAUUCAGAUUCUUGAUACAAUAUUUUACGAUACUCCUGAGUCUGCUACGAUACUCUACAAUUCAGUUUAGCCUCCGACUGAUGUGUCACAAACUUUGUUGAGGAUCUGGGGUACUCCUAACAUUAAUUGGCAAAUAAUGAUGAUGAUGAUGACGAUAAGAGAAGGACACUCUUAAAUAUCAGAGUUUGGGGAAGAUCAACUUGAUAAGCCUAUUUACAGUGUCUUGCAAAAGUAGUGUUUGUCCUGUUUUGUCACAUUACAAGCUGGAAUUAAAAUUGAUUUUUGGGGCGUGAGCACCAUUUGAUUUACACAACAUGCCUACCACUUUAAAACCGAGAAAAUUUUUUUUAUUGAGACACAAACAAUAAUUAAAGAUGAAAAAACAGAAAUCUGGAGUGUGCCUAGGUAUUCACAUCCCCCCCCCAAGUCAAUACUUUGUAGCGCCACCUUUUGCUGCAGUUACAGCUGCAAGUCUCUUGGAGUAUGUCUCUAUUAGCUUAGCACAUCUAGCCACUGGAAUUUUUGCCCGUUCCUCAAGGCAAAACUGCUGUAACUCCUUCAAGUUAGAUGGGUUGUGUUGGUGUACAGCAAUCUUCAAGUUAUGCCACAGAUUCUCAAUUGGAUCGAGAUCUGGGCUUUGAUGAAGCCAUUCCAAGACAUUUAAAUGUUUCCCUUUUAAACCAUUCCAGUGUAGCUUUAGCAGUAUGUUUAGGGUCAUCCCAGUCUCAAACCUCUGGCUGACUCAAACAGGUUUUCCUCCAGAAUUGCUGUAUAUUUAGUGCCAUCCAUCUUUCCUUCAGUCCUGACCAGCUUUCCUGUCCCUGCAAAUGAAAAGCAUCCCCACAGCAUGAUGCUGCCACCACCAUGCUUCACUGUAGGAAUGGUGUUCUCAGAGUGUUGGGUUUGCGCCACACAUGGCAUUUCUCAUGAUGGCCAAAAAGUUCAAUUUUAGUCUCAUCUGACCAGAGAAUCUUCUUCCAUGUGUUUGGAGAGUCUGCCACAUGCUGUUGGGCGAACUCCAAACGUGUUUUCCCUGAUCUAUACUUCUCCACAACUUUGUCUCUGACCUGUUUGGAGGCUCCGUGGUUUUCAUGUUGCUUGCUGAGUAGUGUUGCAGAGUCAGGGUCCUUCCAGAACAGGUUGAUUUAUACAGACAUCAUGUGACAGAUCAUGUGACACUUUGAUUGCACACAGGUGGAUCUUAAUCAACUAAUUGAAGUGAAUUGGUUGGACCAGCUCUUAUUUAGGGGUUUCAUACAAAAGGGAGUGAAUGCCUAUGCACACUCCAGAUUUCUGUUUUUUUUUUCAUCUUAAUUAUGGUUUGUCUCUCAUCUCAUCUCAUUAUCUGUAGCCGCUUUGUCCUGUUCUACAGGGUCGCAGGCAAGCUGGAGCCUAUCCCAGCUGACUACGGGCGAAAGGCGGGGUACACCCUGGACAAGUCACCAGGUCAUCACAGGGCUGACACAUAGACACAGACAACCAUUCACACUCACAUUCACACCUACGGUCAAUUUAGAGUCACCAGUUAACCUA